CUGCCAGGUCUGUUUUUCAUCACACAACUUCUGUAUACAUUUUUUUCCCAUUUAUUUUUUUAAUUUGUUUUUGCAAACUUGAUGGUCCACUAAGAAAUCAAAUACAUGGUAUUUUCCAAAGGAAAAGUGUAAUAAUAACUUCUUCAGCUCAGGCAAAAUAAUCUAUUAGCAAUGCUGCUACUUCUCAUUAUGAACAUCGUGCUUUGUGUGGCAAUUUGCAAUAAUGCAGAAUAUGAAAUUAAUGGACAGUGUUGCCCAAUGUGUGAUCAAGACUUAUUUUCUAGGAAAGCGAGUUCAUAAACAUUGUGAUGAGUACACAAGCACAACAUGUGAUUCAUGUCAUGUGAACACCUACACUGAUGCCCCUAAUGGACUGAUAGAAUGUCUGCCUUGUUCAUUAUGUGAUCCAAGUAAUGGGCUGAGAGUAAAGAAGGCAUGUACAUUAAAAUCAAAUACAGUUUGUGAACCUCUGCCAGGAUAUUACUGUAUAGACUUUUUCUCAAACUGUCAAAAGGCGAUUAAACAUUCAAACUGCUCACCUGGACAAUACAUCAACCAAACGGGAACAGAAUUCAGUGAUACAGUGUGUGAGGAAUGUCCUGCUGGUUCAUAUUCAGAUGGAAUACUCUGCAAAUUACAUACAAAGUGUGAAUCUCUUGGUAAAACUACAGUCAAGGCAGGAACAGAGACGACUGAUGCUGAGUGUAGUAAUGGAGAACCUUCUCAUGUACUGAUUCUGUCUGUGUGUGGAGUGUGUGCGUUGGUGUUUGUUAUAGGCUCAGUUUUAGUUAUUGUAAAGAAAAUAAAUACCCUGCACUAUCAUCAAGCAAAUCAGCAAUAAGGGAAUUUCCAAGAUUUGCUUGGAUUUAUUUUUUCAUUUGUAUGUAAUUUGUCAAUUUUGUGAAAAUACAUUUUUUAUAAU